CAAACAUCAGCAAGGUAGAGCUCUGAAAAUAACAUCAGGGCUGGGCAGCCUGUGUUAGUAGGCUAGUUCAGUGCUGUAGGCACAGGAUACAACAGCUGGCUGGUUGGUUUUCUAGGUGUUGGAAAUGUGCAUCAGGUUAGAUCUAGGAGCAGGGAUAUAGUGUCUGGCUACAAUGGUCAAUCUCCACUUCUGACAAAGUAUGAACCAAUGUAAAAUGAGUUGUGUUUAAAUGAUUUUUCAUGUGACCUCAUCUUUGCAUAACUCCAGUGUUGGUUUCCUUCUGCAGGAGAACCAUCCUGAGCUGCCCGUGAUUCAGUUUAAGCAAAACGAGGUGAACGCUGCCUGGGAACGUCUCCACGGCCUGGCUCUCCAGAGACGGAAAACCCUGUCUGACGCUGCAGACCUCCAGCGAUUCAAACGGGAUGUGACUGAAGCCAUCCAAUGGAUCAAGGAGAAGGAACCUCUGCUCAGCUCUGAGGACUAUGGCCAAGACCUUGUUAGCUCUGAGGCACUGUUUCACAGUCACAAGGGACUUGAGAGAAACCUUGCAGUCAUGAAUGACAAGGUGAAGGAGUUAUGUGCCAAAGCAGACAAGCUUACGUUUUCCCAUCCUUCAGAUGCACCUCAGAUCCAGCAGAUGGAAGAAGAUUUGGUCUCCAACUGGGAGCACAUUCGCGCCCUGGCUACCAGCAGAUAUUCAAAACUGCAGGCUUCUUAUUGGUACCAGCGGUUCUUGUCCGACUACGAUGAGCUCUCAGGCUGGAUGAAGGAGAAGACUGCUCUGAUCAAUGCUGAUGAGCUGCCCACCGAUGUGGCCGGUGGGGAAGUCCUGCUGGACAGGCAUCAGCAGCAUAAGGUAGAAAGCAAAAGACUCCCCAGCAGGAGGAGGGGGCAGGUGAUUCGGUUCAAUACCAGGAAUGCUAGGAGGCUUCUUGCUGCCUUUUGAGACCUUGUGUCUUGUGGCCACAGCAUGAGAUUGACUCCUACGAUGACCGAUUUCAAUCUGCUGAUGAGACUG